AUACCCUUGCGUCCUUCCUCACGCGUCAGCUACCCAGCGCACCCCUCUCGUCUCCUCUCCCCUCUCCCCGGGUGUGUGAGCCAGGAUCGCCGCUCCAUGCAGCGGAGAACCGCAGGGAAACGAUGAAAACCGAGGCGGUGGAACCACGAAAGGACUAACGGCGUUACAGGAAAAGGGGGGCACAGGCUCUCAGUGUUAAGCUGAAGAACAGAGAGACAAAGUGAGGACAAACUAGCUGAAGGUUGCAAGAGGCUGUCUGGCCCCAUGUCUGCCCCUGCUCCAGCCAAUCGGAGGUCUGCGUUGGGCUCUCGCCGAUUCAACCCGCUGAAGGCGUUGCAGCCCAAACGCCGCUUACAGCAAAUACUGACGUCCUCGCCCGUCCCGGUGCCCAAGCCGGCAUUGGGGCCGGGGCCGGGGACAGGGACAGGGACAGGGAAAGGGACGGGGACGACUGUGCCAGCGGCCACAGCACCGGUGGCCAUUCCUGUGCCAGCGCCCCCUGCGUUUGACUACUGCAGGUUCAUAGAGCUAGACUACGUUCCUAUGGAGACAGGCUAUAUGGUCUCAAUGCGCCCGACUAAAGGCUACGCAUCGAACAAGUCGCCGACUAAAGGAUACGCUUCCACCAAGUCUCCGGAUCGCCACAGCCGAACAAACUCUCCCUCGACCCCUCGUUGUCGGAGGACCCCAGCCGCGCCUAGUAAUAGAGAUCCCCAUGGAAACACCUCCCUUAGCAACAGCAGCAACUCAGGCUCUUGCAAAGGCAGCGACUGCAGCCCCACCAAAGGACGCCAUCAGAAGUACACGUCAUGUACGGACAACCAUGGUAUCCGGCCCCCUCCACCAGAGCAGUACCUCACACCACUGCAGCAGAAAGAGGUGUGUAUCCGACACCUGCGGGCCAGGCUGAAGGAAACCAUCAACACUCUACAAGACAGGGACACGGAGAUAGAUGAGCUGAGAGGCCAGCUCUACAGGAUGCAGGAGGACUGGGUUGAGGAGGAAUGUCACCGUGUUGAGGCUCAACUGGCCCUGAAGGAGGCGCGUCAGGAGAUCCAGCAGCUUAAGCAGGCUGUGGACACUGUUCGCACCAGUCUCAGUGAUGCGGGGGGGCUCAGCGGAGACAUAGGGGUCCAGAAGUACUUUCAGGACAUCAACACUCAGAACCACAAGCUUGAGAACCUUUUGCUGAGCAUGGAUUUAGCCCAGGCUGGAUUAGCCAAGGAGGGGGAGGGCAUUCCAGGCUUUCGGACCCGUGUUGGAGGUUCGGCACCAGCAUCGGUAUCAGGGGAAAGUCCAGGAGGAAUACCCAAAUCGGCAGUAGGAGGGAGGGGGUCUUGCUCCUGCGAUGCUUCGCCAGCCCGUUCUCUAACCCGGAGCUCCACUUACACUAAGCUGUGUGAUCAGGCGCUUGCGGACCGGAACGGCAAUGGCCUGGACUUUCCUUGUCUGUCAGGUGACGGCACCCAGGACAGCGGCUUUGUGUGCUGUGGGGAGAGCAGCGUCCCCAGUCGGACAGACCUGCUGCUGGAGGCAGCCUUCCUCUCUGAGGAAACAGCAUCUUUACUCAACUCCUACGCACAGACCUUUUCCCAUUCUCUGCCCCACUCUCUGCCCCACUCUCUGCCCCACUCUCUGCCCCACUCUCUACCCCACUCUCUGCCCCACUCUCUGCCUAGUAGCUCUCUGCCCCACUGUCUUCCCCACACUUACUCCCAUACCUUACCUCAUUCUUUCCCUCACAAUUUGUCGCAAUCUAUGCCCCACACCAUGCCACACUCCUCCACCUAUGACAAGCUGUGCACAGGUGAGCGGCACGCGCCCCUUCGUUGCGGCCUGGGUGGAGUGGGCUGUAUGAGCCAUCCCUGUCUAUCCCACCACCACCUCUACCUGCACCCACUGCGGGAGACAGGCAUUCAGACCGAAAGCUGCCCCAUCCCCGCAACGGCAGGUUACCCCUCGGAUCUGGACACCAUUGCGGAGCAACGCACUUUCCGCUCCCAGGCCUGUAGCCCCACCUCUACCUGGAUGUCUGAUGAAGGGGAGGAGGAGCUGGACUCCAUCACCACCACAACUUCAUUAACCACAGCGACGAUGAUGAGUACAGCCACAGAGCCGAUCCCGUUCACUAAAACUCCUCUGGUCUCUCCCUUACCACGGUCCGCCACUGUGGCAUGUUCCAUGGAAAGUCCUCUGUAUGGGGAGGACGAGGAAAAGCAGGAGAAAGAGAAGGGAGAGAAGGAAACUGCAGGUAUGGAGCAGCAGGAGGAAACAACAGUGAUUAGAUUGGAAGAAGAAGAGAAGCAGAUGCGAAGGGGCUCAGUGGGGGGGGAUGAGGUGGAAGCUCAGAGUGCAGCGGAGGAGGUAGCACCAGGAAAGCCCUGCGAUUUUGUAGAGACAUCAGCAGGGACGCAGGGUGAGCUUCAGUUUGGAGGAUGCUGUGGAGAAGGCAGACAGGGCGGGACACUGGAAAACCUCAGCAUGGAAGACAAGCAGCAAGAAGUUGGUUUAUCAGCCGGAUCGACCCAGGUAGAGACAGCCGAGCCGAGUCCAAGUAGCCCAGGAGUCUCGCCAGACGUAGAACAGCCUCACACUUCCCAGCCGAGGAGGUCUACUUCCCAUGUCGAGAUAGCUGGUAUCACUGUAGUGGAGUUGCAUGAUGAGAACAAUGAUGAUGAUGAUGAUGAUGAUGAUGAUGAUGAAACUAAAGAACAAGGCGCCACAGGGGGCGCCACAGCAGAGGAGGGAGAUUUAACCAGCUCUGGGACAAUUGAGAAAAGCUACUGGAGUCGUCACUUCCUGGUUGAUCUGCUGGCGGUGGCCAUCCCUGUGGUGCCGACAGUGGCGUGGUUCUGCCGUGGCCCAGUCCGCACCGGACAGCCCAUGUAUCACAUAGGCUCGCUGUUGCGAGGCUGUUGCACUGUGGCGUUGCACUCGUUGCGCCGGGGAGGGGGGUUGAGGCAUUACCCUGCAGGCGGGGGUGACCUGGGCGGAUCACAGAUAUAACAGGAGAAUGUGUCUUGCCACUCUGUGAUCCUUAGCUACGGCCCCUCCAGUGUGUGGUCUUAGCUUGUUGGAUGAUACCUGUAGUGUGAGGAGAGGAAGAGGAAAAAAAAAAUUCCUGUCCUGCAUUUCUCAUCAAGGUUAAUGGCUGAGGGGAGCAUCAGGAACAGGAAAUGCGCAUUUAUGACUACGAUCUCUGACUAGUAAAAUCUGUUCUGUUU